AUGUUGCAUCCUAACGAAGCCAUUGGCGCCUCCACGCGCUCCCUACAUGCCGAUGAUGCCCUGAAUCUCGUGACUGAUGUUGCUCCUCCUAUGCAUCUCUCUACCACAUUUCGUUAUUCCAAUGAUCCAACUCAGCUAGUACCGGCUGCCGAUGCCACACCUGCCGACUAUGAUCCCACCUCCCACAUCUACUCGCGCAUGUCUGCGCCGAAUCCUACUCGCUUCGAAGCCAUCCUCUCCUCCCUCAUACACGGCCAAGUCAUAAGCUACUCCUCGGGCCUAUCAGCCCUGCACGGUGCCCUUACCCUCCUCAAUCCCCGCCGUAUCUCCGUUGGCGAUGGCUACCAUGGCUGCCAUGGGGUCAUUGCCCUCUUCACCCGCCUCACAGGCCUCCAGAAGCUUCCCCUCGACUGCUCACCCGACGAGCUCGAAAAAGGCGAUGUAAUCCUCCUCGAAACACCUGUCAACCCCCAAGGCACCGCCUUUGACAUUGCCUCCUACGCCGCCAAAGCCCACGCCCGCGGCGCAUACCUCAUUGUCGAUAGCACCUUUGCUCCCCCCGGUCUCCAAGAGCCAUUCCAGUUCGGCGCCGAUAUUAUAAUGCACUCCGGCACCAAGUACUUUGGUGGUCACAGCGAUAUGCUGUGCGGUGUUCUUGCUACAAACCGCGAUGACUGGGCUGCACAGCUAAAAUCCGACCGUCUCUUCAUCGGAACCGUCAUGGGUAGUAUGGAGGGUUGGCUCGGUGUCCGCAGUCUGCGUACACUGGAGAUCCGCGUCCAACGUCAGAGUGAGAAUGCUGCCCGUCUUAUUUCGUGGCUUGAUACUGCUCUGCACGCGCCUAACCCUGCGCCUGGCAGUGACGAGGCGGCUGUGCAGGCUGUUCUCGGUGAGGUUCUCCAUGCUAGUUUGCAGAAGGUCGAGGGCGACUGGUUAAGGAAGCAGAUGCCUAAUGGGUUCGGGCCUGUUUUCUCUAUUGUUAUGAAAGAGAUGCGCUUUGCACGUGAAUUGCCGAGUAAACUGCAUUUCUUCCAGCACGCUACUAGUCUCGGUGGUGUUGAGACACUUAUUGAGUGGAGAACUAUGACGGAUCAAACGGUGGAUCGGAGAUUGUUGAGGAUCAGUAUUGGAUUGGAGAAUUGGGAGGAUUUGAAGGCCGAUAUGGCGAGGGCGUUCCGUGAACUUGCGUAG